UUCAUUUCCUCUUGCUUCAUUUAUGAUGAUUAAUACAAUGUCAAGUAAGAGUUCUCAUAAACUUGUUUUAGUUUUUGCAAUAUAUUGUCUGCUUCUUCAGGAGAAAUGUACCAAAGCUAGCGUGAAACUAUUGUGCAAAGACAGUGAAAGAAGAGCUCUACUUGAAUUUAAGCACAGCCUUCAAGCCAUGGAUUCGUCAGGCGACGAUGCCCUUUUUUUAUGGGAAACUGAGGAGUGCUGUUUUUGGCAUGGCGUCGAAUGCAACAGCCUUACGGGAUACGUCGAAAUUCUCGAUUUUAGCUUGCAAUCUUGGGUUGUAGCAGGAAAAAUUCUUCAAAAGAUUGGGCAUCUAAGACAACUAGAGGUGCUUGACCUGUCAAGAAACAAGUUUUCAGGAAAUAUCCCAACGAGCUUGUCUGAAUUAACAUUUCUAAGUAUCUUGGACUUGUCUUACAAUGACUUGACUGGAAAAAUUCCAACCAGCACUCAACUACAGAGCUUUGAUCCUUCAUCAUUUUCUCAUAAUAGAGGACUUUGUGGUCCUCCGAUUUCACCGAAUUGCUCAAUGGUGGAACCACCUCCCGGCAAACCUGCAGUAGGAGGUGAAGAAGAUUCUGAUGAGUUCAUGAAAUGGUUUUACGCUGGCAUGGGACUUGGAUUUGCGGUCGGGUUCUGGGGGUUUUGCAGUGUUGUGUUCUUCAAGCGUUCGUGGAGGCAUUCAUAUUAUCGUUACUUGGAUAGUGCAAAGGAUUGGGUUUAUGUUUCAUUUGUUUUGCUGAAAGCAAGGCUUGUGAGGAGAAUCAAAGGUCUUUCAACAAGGUCUGAUUAGAACUGCAACUGAAGGUGGUUUUCCUGCAUGUGAGAAAAUCUUAAUAAAAAGCUUAUAAAUUAAUACAUGUUUGUCCUUUUGAUGAUUUCUAAUUUCUAUGUACCAGGAAGAGAUUUGUGAUGACUUUCUUUGACUUUUUUGUAAUAUGUUUAUCUUAUAUAUAUUUGGUUUGUAUA